AUUCACCGAAUCAUUGUUUGAACACUAUCAUUAACUGUUCUAAUUGUUCACGUGUAAUUAGUCUACUUGGCACGAAUAUGCAAUGAACUUUAUUACCCACUCUAGUGUGAGGUUUUGUGCAAACAUUGCGGCCUGCAAGGUGCAGUUUAUAAGUUGAACGCAUGGCGACGACUGUGUACAUCUAAACCCCCGCAUUACGUUCUUACAAAAGUAGAUUUAUCCAGCGUUGUUUUAGGUCGCCUGUUUACGAAACGCAGAGUUGAUAACAUUACUAAAAUUCCAUCUUAGCGAGUUGGCUUAGCUCAUUCAGAACUUAUUCCAACUUCGCCAACAUUUUUCUAUCUUCCAAGAGCUUAUAACCUCCUAAGUUUUCUCGCCCCUGUUUGCAGACGAUUUUAUCCCAGUCAGAUGCCAGAAAUAUUGUACCGAUUACUCGACAACACAGAAGGCUAAAAAUCCAGUUUGGCGUUCUGUUUCGCUUACGCUGUCGGUCCCAAACAAGUGCCAAGUUGUCCUGAACCCAUUGGUGACCAUGUGCGACGUUCUCCCGAAAAUAAAAACUGACACCUACGUACUACGUAUUAUUGCAUAUACUAUCUGGAGUAUAGAAAUGACGGGGUGUAGUUUUCGCACGUGAUCGACCUAGCUAGUAGACGACAAUAGUGUCAGCAAUAUGGCGGAUGGUAGUGAUGUGGCCCCCCUGAUACACCAGACAAGCGGCAAGACGUGUGCCCUCGAUGUGAAAAGAAGAAACUUCAGCCUCUCUGUGAUCCUUGGCGUUCUGUUAGUGUCAGCUGUGGUGUACUUUGUGGCUCAAGUCGUGUUUCCGUUCGCCAUUAUUCGCUCCGAACAAGGGGAAUACCACAACCACUACGACCGGCCGCUGUUUAACCUACCGAACUGGCUCGACCGCGGCGAAAAUGACACGAAGAACAAGUCAAGUACAACAUACGGUUCCGUGCGAGAGGAAGAGUCGGUGAUACAGGUGGUACAGGUGACGCAGGGAGCCGGAGUUGGGAAAGAGUUACAGUUAGACAGCAACUGUACCAACAACAAACCAGACUUAAAGAGCACUACUGCACAACUGUACGUGUUGUCGAAGGAGGAGGCCGACAAAACUGGAGCCUACUGUUUGGAUGGGUCGCCGCCGGCGUAUUACUUCAAGAAAGGGAGCGGUACUGGGCAGAAGUCCUGGAUUGUUCGGUUGCAGGGAGGAGGCGGAUGCGUUGAUGUCGCCAGCUGCUACAAUCGAAGUCUCACUAACUAUGGGUCCAGCAAGGGAUUAAACCAUCAAGAGAGCCUUCACGGAAUGUUAUCAGCAUCAAAAGAGAUCAAUCCAGACUUCUACACCUGGAACGUCGCUUUGUUGGUGUACUGCGAUGGGUUUUUCUAUACAGGUGGGCUUCAGUAAAAUGUGAUAAAUAUGGUAAAGAUAGCCAUGUCCGUACGC